ACUCGGCCCAGGUUUACAUGAUAUUCAUACAUUUUAGAAAGUAUGAUAGUUUUUUUGUUUUUUUGUACAUCUCUCAAUCUCGGAUGAUGACGUUUGAACUCGCACACAACUGACAGGAGUGGCAAUGACACAUUCAAAACAGCUGUUGAUAUGACAACGCGGACCCACCUUCCCUUUAGCUGUUGACCGGGAGAGCAGGUGUCAAGCACAAGGCAGAGCGAAAUGCACCUGCGCUCAUUUUCUGUACUGUCAUCGAUCACAUAAACACAGUGUCAUUCUCCCUAAGGAUACACUGUCAGUUUUUAAUUAAUACAAAGACUCUAAGCGGCGCGUCACCACCGGCUUCCUCUCGGUUCGAAAAAGAUGUACAUGGAGACCUCAGAGAGUAGCUCUGCCAGCAGCAGCAGCAGCAGCAUUGAGGUUAAUCACUAUGAGACGGUUUGCAAAACCCUCUUUGAAAGUCUGGAGUCUGAGUUUGAAUUUGAUCAGCAACUCUGCAAGGAAGAUAUUGAAAAAGUUUUGACUACCAAUCCAGAGGUUUUUAAACACUGUAAACUUGAAAUAGAAAGACAUGAUCAGGCAUAUGCCACGCCUCUUGAUGAACCAAUGCUCUCUAUCAAAAUCUAUGGCAGAGAAAAUGUGGGCAGAUCUUUUCCUGGAGAUGAAGUCUGUGUAGAGAUCUUGAGCAGAGAACAAUGUCCACGGGAAGGUGAAGUGUUAUAUGGGCGGGUCGCUGGAUUAAUAAAUAGAGAUGAAAACUCAUUAACCUUCAUCUGUAAGAUGGUGGAAGACAAUCCAACAUUUGUUACACCCAUUAACAAACGCAUAACCAGAAUACGUACAGUUCAAAAUCAGAGUGACAAAAUUGAAGUACGACAAUUCAAAUACGGACGCUGGGUUAGAAAGAAAUUUGAAGACAUAGCUGAUAAUCAAAUGUUAGUUGUCAAGGUUUUAAAAUGGGAAAAUAUGAAAACAUUCCCUCUCGGUGUGGUUACAAAAGUAAUUCCAGAGUGUGAUGCUUUGCAUGAAAUGCUAUGCAUUGAACUUGGCUCUGAAGGCACACCUCCACCGUUCAAACUACAAGUACCUGAAGACGAAAUGGCUUCAGAAAGGAAGGAUUUGUGUGAAAUUAUCACUUUCACCAUUGACUCAACUACAGCUCAAGACCUGGAUGAUGCCUUCAGUGUGACUGAAAUGGACGAUUCCUACCAGAUUGGUGUUCACAUCACAGACGUCGCAAGUUGCAUUACCAAAGAUAGCGAGCAAGACGAAUUCGCUAGACUGCGCGGCAGAACAAUUUACACUUCAGAGAAGGAAGACGACGUGGCCUUCAUGUUCUCAAGAGAGCUGAGCAAUGACCACUUGAGUUUGAUGCCCGAAAAAGAUCGGAAAGCCAUAUCUUUGCUGAUAGACGUUGACAAGAAAACAAGUAAUAUACUAAACUGUGAAUUUUAUCCGACCCGCAUUAGGUCUGACAGACGGAUGUCGUACGAAGAGGCAGACCAGAUUAUUCAGAAGUACUACUGCUCGGAUGACACAAAGCCUCUGCGGUUCUCUUGCGUGGAGGAUUGUGUAGCUGUUGCAUACCAUUUCUCUGAGGUGCACCGAAAAUGCAGACUGGGAAGCAGAUUGCCAUUUGGGAGGCAGGCAGGACGAAGUCGCUCUCACGCCAUGGUGGAGGAACUAAUGAAUCUCUACAAUAGUGCCGUCGCCGAAAAACUCAUAUCUACAGAAGUCACAAAAAAUCUCACACCACUGAGGUGUCACCGGGAGCCAGACCCAGAACGACUGAUCCAGUUUAGAAAGAAAUACAUUGACCAAAUUCCCAUGUCUCUUUACUUUUCAAAUAUCUUUGAGGUAGAUACUGAAAAUAGUGAAGAGGAUGUUUGGUCCAAUCCAGAAUAUGACAAUAUGGAGCAUGCAGGCAUAUCAUUUAACAUUUUCACCUCCAUAUUUCACAAGAUGGAAGCGUUUGCACGGAGCAAAGACUAUUAUAAUCUGAUGCAGUUAAUUUUUUCAGAUGAAAUCCAUCCGACAUUUAUCCCCAUGGUUCGGGAGUUUUGUGACAUUCAGAAUAAAGCCUUCAUCCUUCGUUCAUGCUCCUCGACAGAUUCCAGGUUGGGUCACUAUGAUUUACAGUUUAACGCCUACACCUGGGCAUCAUCUCCUAUGAGGCGUUAUCUGGACCUUAUCUUGCAGAGACUUCUGCACACCAUGCUCUCUAAGAAAAACCGAAGGCAAGCUGACUACACAAAAAAUGAAAUCAGCAAGUUUUGUCAGUCUGGAAUGGAUGCAGAAGAGAAGGAGGACCUGGUGUUGAGAUUAAGAAAGGUUCAGUUUGAACCCAAAGAUGUGGUCAAACUUGCAGUCGUGGACCAGAUCACUCCGCAGGGGCAUGAAUUCACAAUAUCGUUCCCUCUACAUCCUACGUUAGAGGUGAUUACUAUCAUGUACAAGCAUCUGAAAGUUGUGGAUCAGCCGAGUUACAAUGAGGACAAGAACUCCAUGACUCUUAAGUGGAAGAGGAGAGUGUAUUCGUUCGGCGAAUCAUUCAAGAUUUCAGACCCGUCAAAGCCCAUGAAAAAUGUGACUCCAGUGUCAAGUGUCAUGUGGAAAAGACUGGUAUCUGCCGUAAAACAGCAGGAUUGGGUUAAGAUUGAGCAAUGCCUCGGAGACAUGAAAAGAGGGGAGAAUGAGAAUGAAGAAACUAAAAGACCGAGAACUGAUGUUUGUUCAGAGGAACAACGCCAUUACAAGGAACCAACCAUGGAGCUGAAGUUAGGCACGGUUGUUCAGGUGCAACUUGGAACUGAACUCAAAGACGGCUUUCCAGUUCCUGUAGUUCUACUGCUGAACAUUAAUGAAUGCUUUGAGAUCUGUUUGGAGCACACAAGAAACCCUACUGAGUGCUUCUCCAAAGCAGUAUGCAGUGCAUCUAAGACUGUUUAUAAUAACUACAAGGAGUACCAGAACAUCUGGAGACAACUAUGUCAGAUAGACACCGCCUAUAAUGCUUUAGAAGAAAAUAACAGUGUCAUCUUAGAGAAUGUGCAUAUAAAAUGGAGCGGAGAUGAAACAAAUCUCCAAGGGUUUUUUUAUAUAACCAAGACUCAGAAAAAGGAAUGGUCUCUGGAGUUUGACCUUAGGAACUGCUUCUUGUGCAUCAGACUAAGACAUCAGAAACCAGAGAACGAUGAGAGUGAUGCAAAACAUUUGAAUGGAUCUGCAGUUUCAGAUCUGCAGGGUUCACUACCUUUCACAUGGGUUGCACAUGCAGUAACCAGCAAAUCAAAGAAAAAGAAGGAUACAGACAAUGAAGACCGGAUUAAUUUUCAGAUCACACAAAGAUCUAUGAGUUACAUCCCACCCAAGGUUUAUGCCCAGGGAACAAACUUCACCAUAGAGGUCAUUCCCAAAAAAAUUCCAUUUCUGCUCAGGGAACAAGCGAUUGCUAACCUAAAACUGGCUAAUAACCUGGUGAAGAAUGUCGCCACUGGACAACAACUGGAAGAACUGAAUGAUGGUGGUGCUGAGCCUUAUGUAACAAGGUCAGAGAGGCAUCCAACAUGCUCCGAUCAGGAAUAUGAUGAUAUAGAAAAUAUCAGCUUGUAUGACGUGGACGAAAACCUGAACCUGCCACCUCUGAAUGAGAGCCAGAAGAAUGCUGUUGAGGAAGCUAUGAUGAAACCUUUUACUGUGAUUCAAGGCCCACCAGGUACAGGGAAAACAGUGGUUGGUAUUCACAUUGUUUACCAGUUUUUCAUGAAGAACAAAGACUUUCUGGCCUCAUCCGAAUCUUCCAAAUCAACCCCUGAUGAGAAACCCCCCAAAAAGCCUGCCAUCCUGUACUGCGGACCUUCGAACAAGUCUGUGGACAUUGUUGCAGAGCAGUUGCUAAAACUCAGGGGAGUCCUAAAGCCUCUGAGAAUCUACUGUGAUCAGAUGGAAAUGCGUGAAUUUCCAUAUCCAGGCAGUAGCCUGAAGCUUUGCCGCAGAUCCCUCCGUGAUGAAAAGCCAAAGGAGGAGCUCAGGGAUAUUACUCUGAUGUACCUUGUCCGUAAAGCUGAAAAUCCUUUUUCUGGAAAAAUAACAGACUUAGAUGGGAGCUUAACCGAAGAUAAAAUAGAUGACUACAGGAAAGAUUUGAAGGAAGCUCAUCAGCAUGAGAUUAAGAAGUAUGAUGUAGUUCUGUGCACCUGCGCCUCAGCAUUGAAACCCGAAAUCCGGGAGGUCAUGGAUUUCCGGCAGAUACUCAUUGAUGAAUGUGCAAUGGCAACAGAGCCAGAGGCCUUCAUCCCUUUAGUUUCCUACAAUCCACAGCAGAUUGUUUUGCUGGGUGACCACAAACAGAUACGGCCAAUAGUGCAGUGUGCCCUUGUGAAAAAGAUGGGCAUGCAGCAGUCUCUGUUUGAACGCUACAUGGAUCUGGCCAUAAUGUUGGACACUCAGUACAGAAUGCAUGAAGAAAUUUGCAGGUUUCCUUCGGAAGUGUUUUAUGAUGGCAGACUGAAAACUGGAGCUGAACGAGGUCCCCCCUUCCUUCUUAACAAGUAUGGGCUGCCAACGCCGAUCUUGUUUGGCCAUGUCCAAGGAGAAGAAGUCAGUUUAGUGGUAUCUACAGAAAAGGGCAAUGAGAACUCAGUGGCCAACACUGAGGAAGCAGAGCAGGCUGUCAAUGUGGCACAUCUAUUGAUUAAAAAAUCACACGUACCACCACAGUGUAUUGCGAUUCUGACUCCUUACAAUGCACAGGUGUCAGAGAUCAAAAAGACAAUGGAGGAGAGGGGUAUUACAAAUGUCACCGUUUGCACAAUUAUGAAAAGCCAAGGAAGCGAGUGGCCGUAUGUGAUCAUCUCCACUGUUCGUUCCUGCUCCGUAUCUGACAGUGAAAAGUACACAACAAGUAAUGCCUUGCUAGGAAAAAGACUCGGAUUCAUCACUGAUCCAAAUCAGGUCAAUGUUGCCAUAACUCGUGCACAGGAUGGACUGUGCAUUCUGGGUAAUAGUGACCUGUUGAGAUUCUGUAAACUUUGGGAAGGACUCCUGGAUCACUAUUACAGAAAGGGCUGUGUGGUGAAUCCAGCUAAUAACAUUAAGGUCCAAGAGCUGCUGAAAAAAGAAGAUGAAUAAGAAACAGAAAAAGCCUUGAGUGUCAUGGCAGCAGAUAAGUUUAGUAUGGCUCUAAUGCAGCAUUAAAGGGUUAGUUCACCCAAAAAUGAAAAUAAUGUCAUUUAUUACUCACCCUCAUGUCGUUCCACUCCCGUAAGACCUUACGGGACCACAAAAAAUAUUCUCGUCGCUUUAUAACAUUAAGGUUGAACCACUGUACUCACGUGAACUGAUUUAAAUAUGUUUUGAGUACCUUCUGGAUCUUGAGAGGUUCGGUGGCAUUGCUGGCA